CCUCCUCCCUCCCUUCUUUUCGUAGCUUCUGAAUCCCAACAUUGAGUGCUCGCCGUUGGUACUGUACUAGUAAUCUUGUAUCACAAGCUUGCAUGACUAAUUCCGCGAAAUAGUAGGUCCAUAGACAGCGAGUGCUCGUAUACUGUGCCAUACUUUCGCCGUUUUAAAUAGCUCAAGCGUCGCCUACCGAAAGAUCCUUCAAAUUCUCCCAUGUCGCCCGUGACGAUAAGAUCUUGUCCCUCGGCGGCAAAGGCUGGACGAGCAUCGAUCAUCUUCGAAGCGAUACUCUGUGAAUCGACACUUUGUGAAUGAUGUCGCUGUAGUUCGCGCGAGCCGUGCUCCACCCGAAAGCUUAGCGGAGAAUGCCGUUCACGAAAGACCGAGCCACUCGAACUGAAAAACAGCAGUUAUGAAGAAGGAUUGACUACUUUUGGAAAUCAUUUAAUUUAAUUCUAUCGACACAAUAGACCCAAGCACAUCUCUGCUUUUGAAAGUCACCUUGGGUUGUACACUUCCAUCUCGAGUAGCUACUCGUAACGCGUUGCCACUUGUAACGCGUUAGCAGGGUUCCCCGAAUGACGUACACGUCUCGCGAGAACGGCACGAGUGACUUCCGACAUUCGACGGUCCUGUUCCCUCAGGGCAGCAAGCAACAGCCUUCACCGUCCCGUCUCUCCCCCCGCGGUGACUUUUGAGUCGACUCAAAAGUCAUCUUCCGACAUUCGACGGUCCUGCUCCCUUAGCGCAGCAAGCAACAGUCUUCACCGUCCCGUCUCUCCCCCCGCACUCCACAGCAGCAGCCUUUUAGUCGACACACGAGCAGACUCACUCGCUGCGUCCAACGGAGACAGCAGAUGGCUUUUGAGUCGACGCGAAAGACGCGGCUGCCAUUCUUUGGGGAGCUCCUGGCGUCCAUGUUGGUUGUGCUGCUGCUGCUUGUUCGGGAAGUCAGUCCCGUUGCAGCGGCCUGCCCUCUGCUAUCCGAGGUGCAUGUGGACCCGUCAGCCAACGGUCAGGCAGCCGACUGCUGUGGAGAUUCCGGCACUCCUUGUGGCUUAAUCGAGCAAGCCCUCACAAUCCUACCCUCUACUGGCGGCACCAUCCUCCUCUCCCCAGGCACUCACUCCGUCUCCCCCCAGGGCCUGCAGCUAGGGGGCCGUCCCCUCACCAUCGCUGCUGCUGCAGCUGAUGCCUCCGCCUCUGCAUCUCCCUCCCCUCUCACUCUAAUCAACUGCACCAGCGACAGCAGCAGAAGCAGCAGCCCGUGCUUGAAUGCCACGUGUGUACCUCCCAGCGCGGGAGCAGCAGCAGCAGGGGGGGAAGGAGCUGCAGGAGUGGGGAGCAUGUGUGGGGAGCAGCAGGCGAAGCUAGUCCUACGGGGAGUGGUAGUGGCCAAUGGUAUGGCGGAUACCCGCAGUGGCGGCACCACCAGCAGCAGGGGAACUGGCAGCGGUGGUGGCACUAGCAUCGGCGGUACUGGCAGUGGUGGUUGUCUCCUGGUGCAGGGGCAGGCUGUGGAGGUAGUCAACUCCUCGUUUGUCAAUUGCAUGGCUGCGGACUGUGGUGGGGCAAUCUUUGCUGCCUCCUCCAACAACGUCACCAUCACGGGCUCGCACUUUGAAGCCUGUAAGGCUCUUGGGGGCACUCCUGCUGCUGCUGUGGGUGUUGGUGGUGGUGCUGCUGCUGCUGCUGCUGGACCAGGGACUGUGGGCAAAGGAGGAGGGGCCAUUGCUCUGUACAAUGUUGCCCACGUGGCGGUCUCUGAUUCGUCUUUUCACAAGUGCUCCUCCCUGGCAACCAAUGGCGGCGGCCUGGACAUCAUCUCGUCCAAUGCCGCGCUGACAGCUGUCCGCUUCUCCGGCUGCCACGCGCAGGGCCUGGGCGGCGCGGUCUCGUCUGCUCUGUCCAACGUGACUGUAACGGAUUGCCGGUUCCGAGACACGCACGCGAUGCGGGGGGGAUGCUUCGCGGACAAUUCCUCUCCGUUUGUCUCGAUCUCCUCCUCCUCCUUUCUCCGUUGCAAGGCGGAUAUAAUGCAAGAAGGAGACAUUUACAGCUCAGUAAACGGAGGAGGGGUGGCUCUUAACGCAACUGUGUCAGUCACUAUUUUCAACUGCACCUUCUCUCGUUGCCUGGCUUCUAUGGAUGGCGGGGGCCUCGACGCCCUCGACCCUGGAAACCUCACUAUAAUCUCCUCCGUUUUUAGCCAUGGCUCCACUUACAAUCCGACUGGAGGUGGGGGGGGUGCAGUGUCCACCCGAGGCGGUAGCGUAACGAUUCGAGGAACCCUGAUGGAGAAAAACUGGGCGAACAGCUCGCUGGCCAGUUUCGGCGGCGCAAUCUCGAUAUUGGAUACUGCAAUAGAGAUAUUUAAUUCUACUUUUAAGGAGAAUAUUUGCUACGGGUAUCUGUAUGGUGGGGCGGCGAGUCAAGGCGCGGCGAUAAACCAGGCGUGGACGAGGAGGGAGGCAGUGAUUCCUCUGCUGAUGGACGGGUGUGUGUUUGAGCGCAACGUGGCGGACGCGGCCACGGUGGGGUACUUUGAAGGGCACGCGACUGUGCGGCGGUCGAGGCACGUUGGGAACGAAGCACAGUACCGGCAUGGAGGCGCUUACUAUGCCCUGAUGAACUCGACCAUAGAGGACUGCCUCUUCGCCCACAACACAGCGGUGCAGGACGGGGGCGCUGUUGUCACGUCUGGUCUGCUGAGCACUGUCAUCCGCGGCUCUGUGUUUGUCAACAACACGGCGACUUCUGGGGAGGGAGGGGCGAUCGCUGUGCUGGAUGGCACAGCGGGCACGGUGCUGGUGGAGGGGUGUCGCUUUGAGGGCAAUGCAGCGUUGGCAUCCAAGGGGGGAGCCAUCUCCGCGGCCACUGCUGCCCUCACAGUCGCCAACUGCACCUUCCUUGGCAGCCACGCGCUUGUCAAGGGCGGUGCUGUCGCAGUAUCAAACCCCACUUCUCCUCCCAGCAGCACCACCGACACCACCGCCCCCCUCCCUCUAGCUCGCUUCCUGAACGUGACCUUUGCAGCCAGCAACGCCUCCCUGGGGGGGGCGGCGCUGCAUCUGGGCAUGGCGGCCCGCGCACGGCUGGAGGGGUGCCGCAUGGAGGGCGGGCAGGCGAGCAACGGAGGGGGAGUGAUGCUGGAGGAGUUUGCCCAGCUGGAGAUGGCGCGGUCGGAGUGCACAGGGAACAGCGCGCCAUCCGGAGGAGGCUGCAUCUCCAUGAGCGAGUUGGCGGCCGUUGCAAUCACAGCUUGCAACAUCACGGGAAACCAGGGCGGCAACGAGGGCGGCGCCAUCAGAGCCACGGGGCAGACACGACUCUCCAUCACGGGCUCGCUGCUGUCCAACAACAGUGCCAUGGACGGUGGCGCGCUCUGGUCUGAGAUGGGCUCCAAGGUGCACGUCUCCUCGUCGGUCAUCUCCCACAACGCCGCCACCAUCCAGGGCGGCGCCUUCUACUGCAUCCAGAACGCGCGCCUCACCCUGCUCGCCUGCUCCUUCCAAGCCAACACUGCUGCCAGGGGCGGGGCCAUCCUGGCCGAGGGGGGUGUGAAGAUAACCGUCUCAGGGGGGCCGGGUGAGGGCACAGGAGCAGGAGCAGCUGAGGGAGGCUCAUCUGCAGGAGCUUGGCCUGUCGGGGCUUCGGUGUUUGAAGGGAACUCGCAGCAUGCCGUUGUGCUGCAGGGUCAGGCGGUGGGGUCCUUCCUCGGAUCGGUGCUUUUCCGGGGGAAUGCAGGCGGGAAGACGAUGGAUGUGAGGGACGGGGGGGCGAUCUUUGCCACGGAUUCGACGGCUGUGGUGGUGGGAGGGGGGGUCGUGUUUGAGGGAAACACGGGGCGUAGAGGUGGCGCGAUCUUCUGUGAUGCUGACAGCACGCUGGUUGUCAGCUCCCAGGUCAAUGUCACUGCGCUCGCUGCUGCUGCGGGUGCUGAUGCUGCUGCCGAUGCAGUUGUUGCUGCUUCUGAUGCUGUUGCUACAGCCACAGCUACAUCUGCUGCUACAGCUGCACCUGCUGCUGCUGCUACAGCCGCAGCCACAACUGCAGCAGCCACAGCCGAAGUACCACACUUCACAAAGAAUCAGGCGCAGGAGGGAGGAGGGGCAAUCUUUGCGGCCGGCAACACAUCCCUGCAGAUCUCCGAUUCGAUUUUCGAGUCGAACCGGGCGGCAACAGGGACAGGUGGCGCGAUCCUGGUGCUCGACUACGCGCACGGGCAGCUGAAGGAUUGCGCCUUCCGAAGCAACGAGGCAGGCUCGGAUGGAUCCGCUGUGUAUCUGGACCGGGGAGGCAUGGGAGGAGGUUCAAGUGGAGAAGGGGGUGCGGGGGAGGGAGGGGGUGGAGGAGGUGGAGGAGGGGGAACAGGGGGAACGGGGACAGGGGGAAUGGGGGGAAUGGGGAUUAGCAAAGCAGCGGUGGGGGCAGUGGUGUUGGUGUCUGAUAUUGCAGGGUUGUUGCAGGUGGGAAACAGGGCUGGGGUGAGUCAAGCCGGGUCCAGCAACCUUGGUGCUAAUGGCAAUGCCACUGCUGCUGGUGCUGGCGCCGGCAGCGGUAGCAGCGGUGACGACACCAGCACCAGCAGCGGUGGUGGUGGUGGGGUGACGGGAGGACUGCUGCCUCUGAACGUGUCCGGGUUGUCGUUUCUCCGAAACAGAGUCAUCGGCAAUGCCAGCACACCUGCUCUCAGCACUGGAGGAGGAGUAGGAGGUGCAGGUGGUGCAGGAGGGGCAGGAAACGGGGGGAUCGUGAUGGCAGCAGGAGGGCUGGGGUCGGCGUUCCUCGAUGCUACGUUUCUCCCUGCCAUGCGGUCGACCUGUGUGGGGUGUGAAGCGAUGGACAAGCAAGAUACGAUCGGCACGCUCCCGGCCUCCUUCCAGUUGCUGUGGUCAGGCCAGAACGACUCGGAUGCAGCUGCAGCUGACACCAUCUUCCAGGUCAAAGGCGACCGUGCCAACCCAGUGACCAACCUCCACGUCACCAUUCUCGAUGCCGCCGGGCUCGUGGCGGUCAAUGACUUCCGAGCCAAAGCCUCCAUCCUGCCUUCACCAGCCAUCAGCGGGCUCCUACAGGCAACCUCGGUCAACGGCCGCGCCACCAUCCCCCCCGUCACCAUCGUCGAGCCGCCGGAAUCGGGGAACCUCUCGCUCACUCUCUCUGUUUCCUCUUCGCUAGAUGCUUUUCCGCCGAUCUCACGGACGGUCGAGAUCGCUUUCUGCCCGCCCGGGCAGUUCUACACCCGCCCGAACAUGGCCUGCGCGGUCUGCCCGGUCGGCAGCUGGUGCGGGUCCGGGCGGGGCGCGGAGUUCUGCCCGGCGGGCAGCUAUAGUUUUUUCCCGGGCGCAACGUCGCUGUCGGAUUGUUUAACCUGCCCGACGACGAGUGACGUGCUGAAAGACACAGUGGCGGUGACGUGUGAGAGUGGCAAGAUGCAGGUUGAGGAAGGGUUUUGGCUUGACUUUAACAGUAUCACUGCAGGCAGCCCUGCAGUGUACGCGUGUGACGUGCUGGAUGGCUGUGCGGGGCUGGUGUACUCUCCCCUCCCCGCCGGACAGACCUCGAACUCCACCCAACAGCCCGCCUCUCAGUCAACUCAGUCAACUUCUCAGUCGGAUUCUCAGUCGACGGCACUGCAGCAGCCGCAGUGCAAGGCGGGGUACAGCGAGAACCGCCUCUGCUCCAGCUGCGCGCCCGGCUACUACUCCGUGCUCAAGUUGUGCUACGAGUGCUCGGCGUCCUUCCAGCGCCUCUUCCCGCUGCUGAUCGUGCUCAUCGUGCUCGCGUGGGUGGCCAUGGGGGUGCUCUCGGAUUCCUUCCACACCAUCGCCAUCUUCGCUAUAGAGCUGCAGAUGCUCACGUUUAUCGGGUCGUACAACCUGCCCCUGCCCCCCUGGGUGCACACCAUCGUGCAGUACUUCCAGAUCGCCCUCUUCGUGCCGGAUGUGAUCGGACCGGGCUGCACCGUCAGCUACUCCUUCGUGCAGCAGUGGGCGGUCACCAUGGUCAUCCCCGUUUUAGGCGUCCUCGUUUACGCGUGCCUCUACCUGACGCACCGCCUCUACGGCCUCGCCGUCACUCGAAUCUACGGAGCACCCAAGAACCACCUCAUCACCAGCACCACCACCCUUCCUCCUGCUCCUCCUCCUCCUGCCACUGCUUCGGCUGCCCGUGCUGCUGCCGCCAACGGUACCUCUGCCGCCAACAGUGCUGCUGCUGCCAUCGGCGGCUCUCGCGCCGAUGACUUAGCGCCGCUGACAACGAAGCGGGAGAUGUUUGACAAGUACGAGAACACGCUUAUUCACGGGGUCACCAACUGGCUCGACCUCAGCUAUGCAGCCGUGACCUACCGCUGCUUCCAGGCUUUCUACCAGCACUGGUAUGGGGCGGAUGUGAUGGGAGCAGCGCCAUAUAUCGAGUGGUUCUCGGAGACCCACAAGGUGGUGUUUGCGCUGUCAGUGGUGAUCGCGGUGGUGUACGUGGCGGGCGCGCCUGUGUGCUACGCGCUGGUGCUGUGGCUGGGGAAGGCCAAGGGGAUUUUGCGGGGUCACACGUAUAAGAUGCGGUGGGGGUGGAUGGUGAGCAGGUACGAGUACGACUACUUCUGGUGGCAUCUCACGUGCUACGCGCGGCGCAUCAUCCUUGUUUCCAUCGCUGUCUUCGGCGUGCAGUCGCCCCAGACUCAGGUGUCGGUGACCCUCCCCCUGCAGGCCAUCCGCAUCGGCCUGCAGUACGGCGCGUCCCCCUUCGCAGCCUUCUCGCACGACAUCCUCAACUCGCUGCUGGCCCUGGCGGAAUUCCUCUUCACCGUGGCGCUCACGGGGUACAACUACAUCGGCAUCGACACCGGGGCCAACGUGCUCUUCGGCUUCUCCUUCGCCCUCAUCUUUCUGCCCACCCUGGCCAUCCUCUGCUACGAGCUCAUCAACUGGUACAUCACGCGCUGCAACUGCCGCGAGCUGAACCACAUGUGGCAGAAGGACAAAGCCAAGAAGUCCAUGCGCUCUCGCAAGCGCCUCAUCUCCCUCUCCGUCGACGACCUCGUGCACCCCUCUGACGUCGCCCGCUGGUUCCGCCCGCACGUCCUCUCCGCCUUCCUCCACUACUACUCCCCCGCCUCCUCCGCCUACCAGGCCGCCCGCCGCAAGACCCUCUCAGAUGAGGUCGAAUCCGGGGUGGACGGCGCUUUUCGGACGGACCAAACCGGUGACGGCGACGCAGGAAGCGGUCCCGGUUGGGAACGGUUCUGCGGCUUUGGGCCCGAUUUUGAGGCGGCUCAGAACCAAGCCUCAAGUGGAGGUUUGGAGCAUCUGAGCACGGCUGAAAUGCGGCGGCGGCGGCGGCUGUUACUUCGACUACGGGACCGGUUUGAGCAAAUUCGGCUGGCGGGGCCGGGGGAUACUAAGUGGACGAAACACUUAAGUAAGAGUCAGAUGUAUGGCGUGCUGUCACAGGCGCUGCUGGGGGCGGCGGUGGGGGAGGUGACGGUGGCGAGGAUGCCAGUGAGCCGGGGGAGCGAGGGGCUCCUGGAGGGUGGUGCUGGUGGCAGCGGUGCUGCUGCUGCUGCUGGUAGUGGUGGUUGUGGUGCUGGUAUCAGUGGUGCUGGGAUUGAUGGUGGCCCUGGCUCUUGGGGAUGCUCCGUUGGUGCCGCCGGUGUUGAGGGCGGUGGGGGGGGGUAUGGGUUCAGUGGCAGGUUGGUAGGCGACAGCAGCAGGCUCACAGGUGCUUCUACGCCCACCAACAGACUUAGCACAUCUGAUGUCGGGUCAAAGAGGCUUGGCACCCCCGAAGCUGGCUCCAGGAGGCUCAGCACCCCUGAGGCUGGCUCAAGGAGGCUUGGCACCCCCGAAUCUGGCUCAAGGGCUGUGUCAAGAAGGCUCGGAACACCGGAGCUAGGGUCGGCGAGAAGAGUGUCAGUUUCUCUCUCAGGGGAAGGCGGAGAGGCAAGGUUGGUGGAAGCGGGGGCAGCAGCAGGAGCAGUGGCAGCGUCAGUGCCAAUUUCAGUUUCGGCAUCAGGUGGCUUGGAUGCAGCAGGGGGAGGUGCACCUGGGGGAGGUACACCUGGGGGAGGUACACCUGGGGGAGGUACACCUGGGGGAGGUACACCUGGGGGAGGUACGCCUGGGGGAGGUACACCUGGGCGUGGUUCAGGACGCUUCGGGUCUCGGAGUCUGUCCAGACGAGAACGGUGGGUGCAGCCAGAGGCGAACAGAGGUGAAGCGACUGGGUUGGGAGCGGUGGGAUGGGAUGCAGAUGAGGAGGAUGAGGAGCGAAUGCUGCUGGAGUGGCCGCCCAGGCUGGAUCAUCACGUCAGCUGGACGGCAACUGAUGCUGAGGGCGGCGAGCUCCGGAGGCGGGGCUUGUCUGGGAGUGGAGCGGGUGAGGUGGAUGUCUUGGUGAAUGGGGAUAGAGAGGAGAGGGGGGAAGGGAUGGAGGGGGAUGAGUUGGAGGAGGAUGAGGAGAGGGAAGGCGAAGAGGAGGAGGGUGAGAGUGAAGGGGAUGAGGAGGAAGAGGCGGAGCAGGAGGAAAGAGGAGAGGGUGGGGGAAACAGCGCCACUGGUGAAAACGGUCAGCAUCAAAUGCAGCAGCAGCAGCAGCAGCAGCAACGGCAAGAGCACCAUCAGCAGCAUGGGCAACGCCAUGGGCAACGCCAUGGGCAGCAUCCAUCAGAGCAGCAUUCAGGGCAUGAGCAGCAGGCAGGGCAGCAGGCAUCGCAGCAGGGGGAGUACGUGGAGGCGCGCAUGAACAUGGCGGAGCUCACGCUGCUCUUCCAGCGCCACCUCGCCCUCCUCGUGCGCAACGAGGCCCUCCGCCGCCCCACCUCUCUGCGCCUCCUCCUGCGGUCCGAAGCCAUUCAGGACCUGCUGGCGUGGCUCACCUCGCCCCACUGUGAGCCCGAGGACCAGCAGCUGCUGAGGGACGUGGUGGCGAUGAUGCGGUCGGCAGCGGUGGCAGAGGCGGGCAGCCUGCACUGGUACCAGGGCUUCUGGGCGUUCUUCCGCACGCACUCUGUGCUGCACCGCGCCAAGACAUGUGUGCAGCCAUGCCUACCAUCAAAACCACUGCUGGAAGAUGGUUGACAUCUAACUGCAAUGCUGGGAGAUUGACUUAACACUGAUACACUAGAAACGCUGACGUCCGGAUGUAUUUCUGGGAGCCUAGCAUGCACCACUGCCGUAGCUUACCAACACCCUGUAUAAUAUUCAUUCAGGAAACGAAGGUCGUGAGUUGUGGAACGUGUUGG